AUGAAUCAUCAAUUAGGUAGCCAAUUAGGUUUGUUAAUCAACAAAACUAAAAAUAGUGGUCAUGAUGAUGAUGCUGUAGAUAGAAUAAAUUAUGCUAAAACAGCUUUUAUAUUAGCUGGAUUUGCAUUAUUUGUUAUGGCUAUACAAAAUAUUGGUGAUCCUAUUACUUGUUGGGUACCAGCAGAAUAUCCAGAAACAUGGAAUAGAUAUAUACGUCAAUAUUGCUUUGUUGAAAAUACUUAUUAUGCCAAUAUUUCAAGUUUACCAAAUGAUGUUGAAGAAAGAGAAAAUAAUGAAAUAAUUUAUUAUCAAUGGAUUCCAUAUAUAUUAGCAGGUCAAGCAUUUUUAGCAUACUUACCAAAAUUAAUCUUUAUGAUGGCAUAUUCAUUUUCAGAAACAAAUAUUUCUGAUCUAAUUCAAAUAUGUUUUAAAGAAAGUAAAGCAGGAAAAAAAACUGAAAUAGAAAAGACAAAUAAUUUGAUAGUUCGUAAACUUUAUCAGUUACCAGAACAAAAAAGUCAAUCUAUGAUUAAAAGUACUAUGUAUUUAACAACAACAUAUCUUGGUCAAAAAGUAAUAGCAAUAAUAUUUUUAUUUUGUCAAUUGUUAAUUUUAAAUUUCUUUAUUCAAUCAAGUGAUAUUUUUUGGGGAUUUAAAAUUACUUAUACACUUUUAUCUGGUUAUGAUUGGAGAGUUACAAAAUUUUUUCCUCGUGUAACUUUUUGUGAUUUAGAGACAAGAGAUUUAGGACAAAGUAGAAAACAUACACUUCAAUGUAUUUUACCUUAUAAUAUGUUUAUAGAAAAAAUUUAUAUAUUUUUAUGGAUAUUUUUCUUUUUCAUGAUUAUUAUAUCAAUUUUAAAUUUAUUCUACUGGUUAUAUAGAAUUUUUAAUAGAGAAAGUAAAUAUGUAAUGGUUAAAAGUGCAUUAAAAAUUCAAGAUGAUCCGAAAUUAAGAUCAGCAACUAAAGAAGACAUUAAUUGUUUUAUAAACAAAACAUUGUUAUAUGAUGGUGCUACAGUACUACGUUUAGUUGAAUCAAAUUCAGGAUAUGUAAAUAUGGUAGAUUUAUGUUCCAAGUUAUAUGAAUCGAGAGAUUACUGUAGUAAAAGUGAAUAA